CAAUCACAUGCCCGUUUCCGAGAAAUAUUUGUGCCAGUAGUUAUGGGUCCAUAGUCCAUUUUGGUGCAUUGGAGUUAAGACAGACCUGAAAUUAAUUUGUAGAGAUCUUAUUCUAAGAAUUCUUAUCCAGAAAUGUUCCCUCUCCCCCAUUUGCUUGACCAAGAGGCAAGAGUCGACUACAAUGAAUCUCCGCAAGGGAUUACCUACGUGAUGUUUUAAAGGUCUGUUAAGCCAGCUGGCCAUACACACACUCUGCUGGAUUGUGCUACAUCAGUGUGCGAUUUCUUUUAUGUGAGCAUGUGUGAACUGUUUUCCACUGGAUGGCUGCUGUCCAGUGCAUCUGAUCUCAUAUAACGGUCACAUGGAGACAUUGCUUGCUCCAUAAUGAGCAGUCUGCGAUUAUCAGGGCAGUCUGGAACAUGUAAACUCAUGGUCUAUCUCUUUUGUUUCUCUUUCUGUGUCUGUGUUGAGCUAUUAUUCCCAUGAGACAAUAAUACAAAUGCUUAAAAUAUUAGAAAAGUCCAUAUUCUUAACUAUAGAUAAGAUGUCUUUGCUAAAGGUCACAAUUUUCACAAUUUCUCUCCACUGGCAAAUAUGAGAAGUAUGACCUCUGGUUGCCUUUAGCUGUAUGUGGAAUUUACUGUAUGCAGAUUGUACAGUAUAGGUGCACAAUAGUAUUGCCUAGUUUUAUGUUAUCUGUAUUCAGAUGUGUUUUUCUUUUCCCCAUACAGGGUCACCAGACAGCACUCCACCAGGCAGCCGUGGUGGGAAACCAUGAUGCCAUCUCUGCCCUCAUCCAUGGAGGCUGUGCACUUGAUCUACUAGACAAGGAUGGCAACACUGCUUUGCACGAGGUUUCAUGGCAUGGAUUCCAUCAAUGUGUAAAGCUGCUGGUCAAGGCUGGAGCCAAUGUUAAUGUGAAAAACAAAGCAGGAAACACACCUCUACAUCUGGCAUGUCAGAAUGGACAUUCCCAGUCUGCUCAAGAGCUUUUGCUUGGUGGAGCUAUGCCCGACAGUAAAAACAAUGCAUGUGAUGCAUGUUUACACAUUGCUGCUCGCUACAAUCACUUGGCCACGAUUAAGUUCCUCUUGGGGUCUUUUUGCUCUGUGGCUGAGAAAAACCAGAAAGGAGACACGGCUAUCCAUGUCGCUGCUGCCUUAAAUCACAAGAAAACUGUCACUCUGUUACUGGAGGCUGGGGCGGACACUAGCAUCAAAAACAAUGCAGGCCACACUGCUCUUAACAAAGCCUGUGACAAUAACAACAGGGAUUUGGCCAUUCUUCUGGCAAAAUCCAAUCAGGUCCAGUGGUUUGCACGUGGCAAGACGGUGAGAAAAAGAAGAGAUAUAUUGAGGGCUCAGAGGAGAGUUCAGUCCCUCCCCAGAGAUCCAGAAGCUCCAAGAGAGAAGGACUGUGCUGUGGUGGCUGAUGAUACAAACAGCAGUGAUCAAGUACUUAACAAGAUACAACCUGAAAGGAACAAAGUUGCUUCGAGCCCCUGCACGAGGAGAAAGAUCAAAAGACCAAGAAGGAAGUCAGAACAUGUUUCCCGGAGAGACAAUCACCUUCAUGGGAGAGAAUCGUGGAGAGUAAAACACAGCAGCCCCAGCUCUCAGGAAGAAGAGGAAACUCCACAUGAAAGAGCCUUUCAGCUUUAUACUCUGUACAGAGACAAAGACGGGCAGAUAAAGCAGGCUCCUGCAAAUGACUGUCACUGUAAGCCCCUCAUCAAAAAGCUAGAGAAUCAGCUCAAAGCCACAAAGAUGGAGAUGAGAUCACAAAUUCACACUGUUCAAGAGGAGAUUAACUGCAGACUGGGCAGAACUGAGCAUAAAAGCAAACAACAGAUUAAAGUGCUUGAGAAACUGACGCAGGAGCAUGUAUCAACUGAGAGGCUGGAGUGUCAUUAUCGAAUCAAUCAGAGAGCCACAAUGGAACGAAUGGAGGGCGUGAAAAGACAGCAGGUAGCUGCUACCAAUGAGGUGAAGAGCUGGUGCAUGUCUAAGAUUCAUGAUCUUGAAGUGCGAAUGCCUGCAGAAAUACAAUACUACAAACUCCUGCGGUCUCCAUCGGUCGAUCACUCUCUGGUGGACACAGACACAGAGGGUCUUCCACUGCUAUCACUCAUCUCUGAUGAGAGCUCUAGCUCGCUGGCCAACUAUGUCAAUGUGUUACCCAGCCCAGGAGCAGGGCCAUGCUCGGGUAUGAAAAGUUUUGAAUUUGAGGACACCCUGGGGAAGAGAUACUUUGAGAUGAAGCUGGAUGGUUCUUCAGAUGAUUACCAAAAUUUGUCAGAUCUAUCCAUGGUCAAACACAAACCAUUAUCACGGAAGUUGGCCUCUGCUGGCCCCAAGUGGCGGAGAACAGAACUUCAGGAGGUAGAUUUCACGAAUCCAAGGCCAGACAAGGGGAAUGAACUGUGUGACAGCAGUGCCAGCAGCAGCCAAUCCACAUCCAGCAAGCGAUUCAAUGACAGUGAAAAAGAUCAAGUGCCCGAUCCAGCCUGGAAACAUGCCAGACACCUGAAGGACAGGAUUAAAGCUCAUCGCACUCACUCCCAACAGGGUGGCACCAUGAAGGCCCUGGAGAUUUUUUCAGAGCAGCCCAUAGAGGCAACCUUCAUCCAAGAGCGGGGAAACUUGCAUGCGAUGGAAGUGACGCACCGUUUCUUUGAGACGAUAUCAAUGCAGUUGGAACGCUGGUACGAAAGGAAGAUCCUGGAGGUCCAGAAUGUGGCGGAACAGAAAGCUCUGCAGGACAGAACCAGUCUGCUGGAGAAGAUCAGCAUGCUGGAGGAAGAGCUACAGAGGCUUCGUACUAACACUAAAACUAAAACUAACUCUUGACACUUAUUUAUUAGGUUCAGAGUCUUGGUUUCCAUCUUAUAGGAAAGUGGUGUAAUAUGAACUACUUUGGAGCUUUGUAAACUAUAGUUUUCCAGUAUUAAAGACCCCAUGAAUUGGCUUAUGGAAUAGCCAUGAACCAUGAUUUGCUGCAUGCUAUAGAGCGCAACAGUGCCUGUCUACUUUUUCUGCCGUCCUUGUUCAAGAAGUAUUUUUCCCAUUAAUUUUUCCAUAGGGACCUCAUAAAGUACUUCAUAAAAUAGUUCUAAGCCAUGAACCAAACCAACCAGCUCUAAGGUGAAUCACAACAUUACAAACUUUGAUUUGAAACAAAAAAGUAUUUAAAAAACGGACAAGAACACAAAGGUAUAGUACUUAAGAGAUAGUUCACUGAAAAAUCAUUUACUCACCCUUAUACCAUCCCAGAUCUGUAUGACUUUCUUUCUUGUGCUGAACACAAAUUAAGAUUUUUAGAAGAAUAUUUCCACUCAUACACUGCAAGUGAAUUGUGGCCAGAAAUCUGAAGGUCCAAAAAGCAUGUAAAAGCAGCAUAAAAGUAAUCCAUAUUGAUGUUGAUCGUGAAUGUGAGAUUUAUAGUGAAAAUGGACUUAAAUAUUGAUCUGUUUCUCAUCCACACUUAUCAUACCGCUUCUGAAGACAUGGAUUACAACUGGAAUUUUAUGUAUUAUGUUUAUCCUGCAUUUAUGUGCUUUUUAGAGCUUCAAAAUGUUGGUCACCAUUCACUUGCAUUGUAUGGAUUUACAGAGCUGAAAUAUUCUUCUAAAAAUCUUCGUUUGAGUUCAGCAGAAGAAAGAAAGUCAUACACAUCUGGGAUAGCAAGAGGGUAAGUAAAUGAUGAGAGAAUUUUCAUUUUUGGGUGAACUAUUCCUUUAACAUCUUUCAUGAGGGAAUGAACUACAAUCCCAUGAAGCAAUUAAAAAACAUAAAACUUUUGUUUUAAAGUAGUUGAUUAUAAGUAUUGAAACAAUUUCACCCCUCAGGAUCAUGGGUUGUGUAGUUGUUGUCCGGAAAUUCCAUUAUUAAACAUUUGUUUGAACAAAUGCAGACAGAUGGCUUUAGCUGAAGCAUUAACCAUCUAUUAACAACCUCAGAGCUCACAGUAGGUUUGUCUGUAGAGGUUUAAAGUUAUCAUCAAUAAUCCAUUCCCCUAUGGAAAAAAUGAAUGGGAAUUUUACUUUCGGAGCCAGACUGUUGUGCUCUUUUUCUAGUCAGAGGAAGGUUAUUAGGGGGGAGGGGACAUUCUCAUUUUAGAGAGCAUUUGAUUGGACCAAAGUUUGAAUUAUGCCCUUGCAAACAAGAUGAUUCAUCAAUACUUUUUGUCUGUUACUUUUGGCAGAGAAAGACUGUGAAUUUUAAAUGUGUAUAUCUUCCAAAAGUUAAUUUUGUCAACUUUUAAGAGUACACUAGUGUGUAGAUAACCUUGAAGCUAAAAGACUUGAACUAAUAGCCACAAAAUUCCAAAUUUGAUUUCAUGGGGUCUUUUAAAACAACUAUCAACACAGGGAUGGUACAUCUAAACUCAGUUACUAAGUUUCCAUGGCAGCUUCUCAAAAUUAAUUUCCAUUAACCACAGUUCAUCCAUGUUAAGUUUCUUAAAUGUGACUAAAUGUAUCUUCACUCUAACAAUAUGAAGAUUUAUAGCUUGUGUAGAUUGAAAUAUUGUGAAUUAAAUAAAUAUGUUGUAUAGACGUGUGUUAGCAAUUUACAUUAGUAAUGGCCAGAUGAAUACAGUAGACUGCUCAGAAUCAGAAAAGACAUGUUUGUAGAAUAAUUUUAGAAAUGUUAUUAUAAUUUAGUUUUUUUUUGUUGUUGUUGAUGUUUUGUUACGUACGAUAUAUUGUUUAGUUGAUAAGUCUGUUUAUCUGUACAUACAAAAGAACUGAAGGGAUAGUUCACCAAAAAAUUACAAUUCUCUCAUCAUUUACUCACACUCAUGCCAUCCCAGUGGUGUUUGACUUUCUUCUGCAGAACAAAAACAAAGAUUUUUAGAAGAAUAUCUCAGCUCUGU